UCACCCAAGUGAUUGAGCAUACUAUUACACUCAUUAUGGCUAGUUAUACCCGAGGUGCUGCAAGUAAAUUUUGGGAAAAAGUGCGUCAACUUUUGACUGUGAAUCCAGAGACAAAUACGGGUGUUCCCGUUGUAGGGAUAUAUCGCACACCAUCUCCAGGUUCACAGCCAAGUACAUACGUUCGGCCCCAAACAAAACAUUCAGAUUUAGCUCAAAAUUACUAUUUUAAUCGUGAUGCACGACGAAAUUAUCCACGUUUGGCUGUAUAUACACAAAAUGACGUCGCAAAGUUAAUCGCAGCUCCACAUUUGAAAAGCAUAACGGCUGAUGACCAAGAAGGAUCUAAAGAAUCAACUCCAACGGCAAUGACUAUUCCAGAAAAGCUUGAUUUAAAUGAGGCAAUUACUUCAUCCCCAAUCUUAUAUUCGACAGAGAAACUACCUCCUGUUCCUCCUGGUCGUCCAUCAUAUCGUUGGAAAAAAGUCUGA